GCCAAACAAGCCUUUUUUGUCUUGUAUAUAAAUCCACUUUGGAAACCUUAUCAAACCCAUAAUUCAAAAGCACCAACAAAGUAACCCUCCAAAUCAUUGCUAGCUUCUUUCUGUUCUUUGUUGUGUAAUAUACUCUUUGAAACCAGCAAUGGCAAAAAAAGAGAUGGAAGUUGUGAAGGGUUUGGACUUGGAAAGGUACAUGGGGCGGUGGUAUGAGAUAGCUUCUUUCCCAUCAUUUUUUCAGCCAAAGGAUGGUGUGAACACAAGAGCCACAUACAAACUGAAUAGUGAUGGAACUGUGCAUGUGCUGAACGAGACCUGGAGUAAUGGCAAAAGAAGUUCCAUAGAGGGAACUGCUUAUAAGGCCAACCCCAACUCUGAUGAGGCAAAGUUGAAGGUCAAGUUCUAUCUUCCUCCCUUCUUGCCCAUCAUUCCUGUUGUUGGUAAUUACUGGGUUUUGUUCGUUGAUGAUCAAUAUCAGUUUGCUUUGAUUGGAGAACCCACCAGAAAAUACCUUUGGAUAUUAUGUAGGAAGACCCAUCUGGAAGAUGAAAUCUACAACCAGUUAGUUGAGAAGGCGAAGGAAGAAGGAUAUGAUGUGAGUAAACUCCACAAGACUCCUCAGAGCGAUCCUCCACCACCAGGGGAAGAAGGCCCCCAAGACACAAAGGGGUUUUGGUGGUUCAAAUCCCUGUUUGGGAAAUAGGUUAUGAGUAUUUCAUUACAUAUUGUGAAUAGAGAAAUUAAGCAUCUUCAGUUGAACAACUUUUAAGUUUGAAUCCCUUCAAGGCACGUAGGCCUGUUAUGUGUGUGCUGUUGCUUCAUACACUCAUGUUUCGCUACUCUUUCGCUUGACAAUUAAAACUUUUGUAAUUCGUAAAAAUAAUAAUAAAAAUAAAGUUGGCGUGAGAAUGUUUUG